AUGAAUGAACACCUGAAGGUCAAUUUAAGCGGGCUGCCUCGGGAUUAUUUAGAUGCCGGUGCCGCGGAGAACGUCUCGGCUGCUGUGUCCUCCCAGGUUCCUGUUGUAGAGCCAGAGCCUGAGCUGGUGGUCAACCCCUGGGACAUUGUCUUGUGUACCUCAGGAACCCUCAUCUCCUGUGAAAAUGCCAUUGUGGUCCUUAUCAUCUUGCACAACCCCAGCCUGCGAGCACCCAUGUUCCUGCUGAUAGGCAGCCUGGCUCUGGCAGACCUGCUGGCCGGCAUUGGGCUCAUCACCAAUUUUGUUUUUGCCUACCUGCUUCAGUCAGAAGCCACCAAGCUGGUCACGAUCGGACUCAUUGUCGCCUCUUUCUCUGCCUCUGUCUGCAGCUUGCUGGCUAUCACUGUUGACCGCUACCUCUCGCUGUAUUAUGCUCUGACGUACCAUUCGGAGAGGACGGUCACGUUCACCUAUGUCAUGCUCGUCAUGCUCUGGGGGACCUCCAUCUGCCUGGGGCUGCUGCCCAUCUUGGGCUGGAACUGCCUCCGAGACGAGUCCACCUGCAGCGUGGUCAGACCUCUCACCAAGAACAACGCAGCCAUCCUUUCGGUCUCCUUCCUCUUCAUGUUUGCGCUCAUGCUGCAGCUCUACAUUCAGAUCUGUAAGAUCGUGAUGAGGCAUGCCCAUCAGAUCGCCCUGCAGCACCACUUCCUGGCCACGUCGCACUACGUGACCACCCGGAAAGGGGUGUCAACCCUGGCUAUUAUUCUGGGGACCUUUGCUGCUUGCUGGAUGCCUUUCACCCUCUAUUCUUUGAUAGCUGAUUACACCUACCCCUCCAUCUACACCUACGCCACCCUCCUGCCCGCCACCUACAAUUCCAUCAUCAACCCUGUCAUAUAUGCUUUCAGAAACCAAGAGAUCCAGAAAGCCCUCUGCCUCGUCUGCUGCGGCUGCAUCCCGCCCAGUCUCUCCCAGAGAGCGCGGUCGCCCAGCGAUGUGUAG